CCAGCAUUCAGUUUAGCUCUGGCGACGAAGCGUGGUGGUCGAGACAGCCACGUAGUGUGGCGUGCUAGCUCUGUUAUUUCUCACGCUAUUCUUGCGAUCGCAGCAACAGCAUGCAUAUGGAUUCCGGUUGUGUUGUUCGGUUACUAUGACUACGAGUGGUCUCUAGCGUGUGACUGUGCCAAUCGAUUCCGCAUCGAAAAAACUCCUUUUUUCAACCUCAAGGAAGAAAAACACCGGCGAAUAAACAAAGUUCAAGUGACGUUUUAAACAGUUUCAAAAAAUGGCAAUGCCACUAUUGUUUUUGUGCUGUGUGUUUGUACUUGGCAGACAAGUUUUCGGCGAUCCAGUGACGUUCGAGAACGGCGUUUACAACGGACUGACGAUCUCUGUCGAUCCUUCCGUACCCGAGGACCAGUGCAAGGAUAUUCUCACCAAUUUAGAGGUAGGCCUGACGAGCGGCUCGCGGGCCGUGUACGAGAGUGUAGGCGGCAAGGCAUCGUGGGGCACAGUGGUGAUCCUGCUGCCCAGCCAAUGGCCGGACUCCUGCAUCCCCGUGGCGGGGCUCGAGCCGCAGGCCUCCCAGGGCGAGCAGCCCGACAUCCGCAUCGGCCUCUCGCACCCCGUCUACUACGACGCCGUCUGGACGCAGCAGUCGCGCGGCUGCGGCGAGCCUGGCGACUUCAUCUAUAUCAGCGAGAAACUGCUUAGGAAUCCCUUCGAUAUAGGUCGUAUGCUGGCCAGAGAAUGGGCCAAAUACAGGUACGGCGUGUUUGACGAAGUUGGUUAUGCUGGAGAUCUGGUCUACCCUUCCUGCUACUACAGUGACCUGACAGAAGACAUUCAAGUGAAUGGAUGCUCCGAUAGAUCUAUUCGGAACCCAGGAGUUUGCGAAUCAGGACAACCGAUAAAUAUCACCCAGGUUGUGAAUCCAGAAGCGUCAUCGUCGUUGAUGUUUGCCAGCGAGUCUGAGCAUGUCACGAAGUUCUGCGACAAGGCAACACACGACCGCUUCAGUCCCACUAAGCAGAACUCACUUUGUGGAACAAGAAGUGUUAUGGAGGUGAUAAACAGUCACAGGGACUUCAACACUUCUAGUAAUCGUCAUAAAGUUGUGCAUGCUAAGCCUAAGAAGUUUGUCAAGACAGUGGCGAUACUCGAAGGGACAAAAAUAGUUGUGAGUGUUGCAGAUUCUGGCUCAGGAAUUCCCAUCAAUACUACUCCUACCAUACAGUACAAAAGACAAAUGCUGACACGAUAUGUGGUCGUCAUUGAAGACACAAAAGACAUGCUUGUGAGGGAAUCUUGGAGUUUCUUGAGGCUGGCAAUUAGGAAAUGGGCGGUGCACGAUCUGCCGUCCAACUCGGAAGUGGGAAUAGUGUCGGCGAACGAGGGAGGCGCCACUCAGAUCCACAAACUGAGUCCCCUGCAGCGGCCCGAGGCCAGGGAUCUGGUCGCAUCCAACAUUCCCUACACCCCGGGCGACUCCCACGCUCCGGCCUGCCUUUCAUGUGGCCUCAAUGAAGCCUUCCAGAUGCUGGAGGAGCGAGCGCUGAGACGUGGCCCGGCGAGCUCCGUGAUAAUAGUGGUGGCACCCGGCACCCUCGACUUCAACCCCGAGGUGGUGGAGUUGACUGGGAAGUUGGCAGCAGCCAAAGUGAGGGUGGCGACCAUCACCUACCCCGCUCAGCUGCGACAGCAACCCCUCGACUGGCUCGCCCAGCGGACACACGGAGUCGCCUACACGGUCGCCGAGAGUCGCUACAACAUGGCCACCUCCUUUCUCUCCACCUACUUCCGCCUCACCAACGUCUUCUGGAGUCUCGUCGACAAGUUCUACCAGGGCGAUCAGAACGACCUGCGCAUUGAGAUCCAUAGAAGAGAGCUGCUAGAUAACGGACGGUCAAGUGUGACAGGAAAUUUCGUUCUGGAGCCGAAUUUAGGCGAGCCGGCUCAGUUUACAAUCCUGACACACAACAUAGAAAACCCCUUAAUUCGGGGCAUCUCACUCAUCAGUCCGUCACACCAAGUCUACUCGACUCGCUCCGACUCGCUACUCUCUCUCAAACUUCUCAGCUUGCCAGCCAGAAUAAAUGAGACUGGUUCUUGGACUUACACAAUUGAAAGAUUUCCUGGAAGCCCGCAACCGCACUAUGUACAGGUGAUGGCCACGCCUUUCAAUCGGACCGCUGCAAUUGUCAGAGCCCGUCUUUGGACCAGCAGAACUGUCAAUCCACUUGUUCUCUACACUGAGGUAAAACGUGGUGACUACCCAGUUUUGAGUGCCAGGGUUGAAGUGACUGUGAUGAGGCCAGGAACCAACGGGUCCAGUGUGCAUCGUGAGAGAUUCGAACUGAUUGACUCCGGAAGUGGAGAUCCGGAUUUGAUGAAAGGAGACGGAAUCUAUUCAAGAUACUUCAGUCCGGCGGUUGGUGGUCCAGGUGUUUACACUUUCGAAGUGACGGUCACAGACAACGGCAACACCGCCUACACCUGGAGAUAUGACCAGCAACAAUUCGAUAGCAAACCUCUCGAUAUUGCUCCCAACUGCUGUGGAAGCUACGUGCCCAUCCCAUCAGUGGAACCUCUGCAGCCGUUUCAGCGAGUCCUGCCGCCGGUCACAAUAAUGUUCACCAGCGACCACAUCGCCACCCUGCAGAACGUCGGCAAAAUCGGAGACCUGAAAGUGGAAGUGUUUCCCGGAGAACUGAAAGCCCGACUCAGUUGGACAGCACCUGACAUGGGAGGAGCAUCAGUGGCGAGGUACGAGCUCAAAUACGCCACCAGCAUCGGAGAAAUUCUCGACAACUUCGACACAGCCACAACGUGGUCACAUGGAGCGCCGUUCCCGCUGGCGCCUGGCUCGGAGACAACGUUCACUCUAGAACUCACCAAGAAUCCCUCGCUGCUCGAUCAAACAUUGUACAUUGCUGUGAGGGGUUUCAAGGAUUUGUCGACAGAUUCGGCGCCAGGUCCCAUCUCCAAUUGGGUUCGUCUACUCAUCCCAUCGCCACCUCCUCCUCCCCCACCGCCCUCUUCAACCUACCCCUACUCUCAGACCGAUCUUCCAUGGCCACCCCAAGACGAGAGCGUCAUUCCUAAGAUCGCCGAAAAAUUAGAAUUCAAUUUGGAUUUGAUACUGCCUCUCAUUAUCGGUGUUUUUGUACUAGCAAUCUGCCUAGCGAUAUAUUGUUACUUCUGCGUGAUUAGGCGGCGGAAGCCUGAGAAAACACAGCCAGGAAGCAGCAAACACCCAGAGAAACCAUUGAAUGUGUCAAUUGUGCCGACAACUCAAAACAGCAACGGCAACUUGUCGAUAUCGUCGCCGAUUUUGAACUCGUCUUCCCGUCAGGAGAUCACCACCAACACUGUGCCACAGUUCGAGCCAUGUUUGAUCGAUGAGGAGCCGAAGAAGAGGUUCAGUGUGGCUCAAUACAAUGACGGCCAGAUGACGUUGCCGAGGGAGAACACUGCAACGAACCUGAGUAUAAUCAGUGGCAACCCGAACCCGCAGAAUGGCACCCUGGUGAGAGGGCGCACCCUGAGUCCGUACCAGUCGUGGACGGCGUCUCAGCUGCUGCACGAACACGAGCGACGACACAGUCCGUACGGCCAGGUGGGUGACGAGUACAUGCACCCUCACGACCAGUAUGCCCCCCCAGUGCCACCCCUGCCCGCCUACAGCCAACAGCAGUCGCCCCAGCAACAGCAGCCGCCCCCGGAGGCGGUCUACGGCAGCCACCAGCAGACUGUGCCGCCUCCAGGACCCUUCAUCAACGGCUACCAUCGCAACAACAUGCUGCUCUUCAACCCCAGCCUACAGGGCUCGCUCAGUUCGGUGAGCAGCGGCGAUCGCAAGAAGCGCAACGUCACUAUGGUCUAAAACUCACACUGCAACAUUUUCACACACUCAAUUUCCCAUGUAAAAAUAUUUGAAAUCUCCAUCAACUCGACUGAUGUAGUCGGGCAUAAACACCACCAUACAUUCUACUGAAUCGUGGUCGGCUAAACCCUAAUACUGUGUUACCUUUUAUAGUAUUAUGACGAAUCCAAUAUUGUUGAAGUCCACUUAAACGCUAGUUGCUAGUUUUUAUCUACGCACUUCAGCCUAUACCAAACUGGUACUAUGCAAUAUUAGUACCUAUGAGUAAACUAGUAAUCAUUUACUAAUGGAACAAAUGAUGUGCUAUUAGUUAUUUCUGAACAUUUCAAAUUCCCAACAUGUAGACUAAUAAGGAUCUGAAUGUUUUGCAAAAUUGAUUGCUCAAUUAUUUUUACAUGCGGAAUAAAAUGAUUCGAGAAGACUGAUUCCAGAAUAAAGUGGACUUUUGUUAUUCUGUACAUCACAGACUAGAAGACAAUCGACGUCAAUUGUCCAGAUGUGUAUGUGUGUGUGCAAACCUGUUUCGUCGUGUAGUGUGUGCAGCGGUAUCUAGUCAACAAAAAAACUCUUAAUUCUACUUUGAAAGGAAAUAGUGAGUUGAACUCUUUUCAUAAACAAAUUUAGGACUGAAAUUAGAAAAAAAACAAUUGUAGAGAACGUUAUCAAAUUGACCUGGAUGAUUUUCAUUGUUUUUCCUUUAAACAAAUAAUAAGACGGUUCUUCCAGCUGUAGCUGUUAAUCUAUACAAAGAGAAUUAUAGAAUUUCAAUUAUUACAAUGUUGUUGAAAAAUUGUUCUUGAUAAUAUAUGUGAACAUAAUUCCAAUUGGUUAUUUAGCCAUUAUCUAUGAUAAAUUAUCAAAUUCAUUCAUUUCAAGAAAUCAUGCAUCAUGAUAAUUUUCAAUGAAAGAAUUAAUGGAUUCGUUGAUUUUCAUUAAUACCGUAUUGAUCUUAACUAUUCAAAUUGAUUCUCGGGAUAUUAGUUUUAAUUUCUAAACAUAAAAUUGUAAGAAGCAGACUUGGAGUUGUGAUUACAACUAAUUUUUUUCAUAUUCCAUCCAAGGAAUGAAUGUUCAAGUAGCUUUUGAUUAGCCAUACGUUUUACAAUUCAAUAUUCUCUAGUGUAGUACGAUUACAUAAUUUAAGUUGAUUGAAUCAUUCAUGAUCUCAUAUAUAACCGUUUAACUCAAAGCCAAAAAUGAAUCCUCACUUUUCAAUUAUUGUAAUUUUAAUAGCAAAUGUGAAUUAUGAUUUGUAACAUAACGUUUAAUAUGAUGAGCCAUAUUGUAUCGAAUAAGAUUGAAGAAAUGUAUAUUGUAAAUUAUGAAAUUGUUAUAUUUUUGUAAACUCCUUUGUAAAUAAUAUGAUUAUUAUUGUUAAAAUAAUGUAAUAUAUAAUUAUAGAAUUUAAUGUUAGCUAUAAUACUUGAUUGGUGAUGCAAGCCAGGAAAUGUGAUCACAUUUUAAUCUACUAUUUCUUAAAUAUACGAGAAUUAUGUCAACUCAACUAUCUACUUUGACAUAAACUCCAGAAUAUAAUGUCAGAGACAAUAUUUUUGUCUUUGAUAUUAAUUUUUCUAUUUUCUCAACUGAUGUAUACGAUACAGAAUAUCAUGCACAAUGUUAUUUUAAAAUGAAAUAUUGGAAUUUGAAAUUCUUUCCUACUUGACUUCUUUUUGUCAAUAUUUCCGUAAACAUGUUUUCUUGAAGGAACCCUCUAUCUAUUCUCUUGGAAAUAGUUGAUACUGUUAAUCUUAAGAAUGGAUGUUUACUAAGCUCUUUGAAUAUAUAGUUGUGAUAAAGUGAUAUGAGAUGAAAGUAUGAUCGAUUUAUUCAGUAAAUUUAUUCUCAAAAAAGUUACUCAAGUUUUGUUCUACUGUGAAAAGUUAUUUGUCGAGUCAAACGAUGUGUAUUAUAAUUAUUGUAAUUUUUGUAAAUAUUUUUGUAAUUGUCUUCUUUUACAUUCGUGAUGAUGUAAAUUUAGCAUCAAUAAAAUAAUAAAUUAAUGAUU